AUGGCGAACGUAUCUCCAGAUAUACAAUGGCAAGUAAUUCGUAAUAACUCUAGCUUUCUUCGUCGCCAGCGCGGAAUACCAAAACAGUUUAGUGUUGAAAAAUUCAAUGUAAUGGGAGUAAACAGUAUUCGUCACAAUGGACUUAUUCAUAAAAAAGCUAUCGAUGUUAGACCAGCUCCAGAUAAUGAUGGAGUUGUAGUGACCCUGAAGAAGAAAGGUAAAUCUUCUUUGCCUGCAAAGUCAACUGUUGUUAUAAAACUGAAGAAAAAUAGCAGGAGGUCACUACGAAGCAUCAAGCGAAUUGGAAAGAAUUACCGGAAAUCACAGAUGAUGGCCGCUACGCGUCGUACAUCACAGAUUUUACGUUCACAGAGGCCUAUUAGCUUUCGUAAGGGGCGUCGUGUACGGAAGGUUGAAACCUAA